CCGGCCUUCACUUUGCGCACGCGCCUUUUGAGAUAACUGCCGACCGAGUUGGUGGUGUGUUUCCCGCCAGGCCAGGGGAGGCGUGACGCCAGGCGCAGCUUGAUGACGACAUUUCGGUGCCGGGUAGCCGAAUGGCGGUCUUCGUCCCUUAGGCGAGUGACUUCAUGGGUCCCACAGUGGUUUCCUAAGACGGCCGUUGUCAGCGGCCCCCAGGAGGCUGCUAUGGCGUUCCCUCACCUGCAGCAGCCCAGCUUUCUGCUGGCUAGCCUGAAAGCUGACUCUGUAAAUAAGCCCUUUGCACAGCGGUGCCAAGACUUGGUUAAAGUCAUCGAGGAUUUUCCAGCAAAGGAGCUGCACGCCAUCUUCCCAUGGCUGGUGGAGAGCAUUUUUGGCAGUCUGGACGGUGUCCUUGUUGGCUGGAACCUCCGCUACUUACAGGGACGCAUGAGUCCUGUGGAAUACAGCAUUGCGAUGGAAUUUCUAGACCCUGGUGGCCCAAUGAUGAAGUUGGUUUAUAAGCUUCAGGCCGAAGAUUAUAAGUUUGACUUUCCUGUCUCCUACCUGCCCGGCCCUGUGAAGGCGUCCAUCCAGGAGCGUGUGCUCCCCGACAGCCCUCUGUACCACAACAAGGUCCAGUUCCCCCCAAUGGGGGGCCUCGGCCUGAACUUGGCCCUCAAUCCGUUCGAGUACUACAUGUUCUUCUUUGCUUUGAGCCUCAUCACUCAAAAGCCACUUCCUGGGGCUCUCCACAUACGAACUUCAGACUGUGCCUAUUUCACCCUCGUGGACAGGUACCUGUCAUGGUUCCUGCCCAUAGAAGGCAGUGUGCUCCCCCCGCUCUCCUCCAGUCCUGGGGGGCCCAGCCCCUCACCAGCUCCCAGGACGCCAGCCAUGCCCUUCGCUUCCUAUGGCCUCCACCACACCAGCCUCCUGAAGCGACACAUCUCUCAUCAGACGUCUGUGAACGCAGACCCUGCCUCCCAUGAGAUCUGGAGGUCUGAAACUCUACUCCAGGUUUUUGUGGAAAUGUGGCUUCAUCAUUAUUCCUUGGAGAUGUACCAAAAAAUGCAGUCCCCUCACGCCAAGCUGGAGGUUCUGCACUACCGACUCAGUGUGUCCAGCGCCCUCCACAGCCCCGCCCAACCCAGCCUCCAGGCCCUGCACGCCUACCAAGAGUCGUUCACGCCCACCGAGGAGCACGUGCUGGUGGUGCGCCUGCUGCUAAAGCAUCUGCACGCCUUUUCCAACAGCCUGAAGCCCGAGCAGGUCUCUCCCUCCGCCCACUCCCACGCCACCAGCCCCCUGGAGGAGUUCAAACGGGCCGCCGUUCCGAGGUUUGUCCAGCAGAAGCUCUACCUCUUCCUGCAGCACUGCUUCGGCCACUGGCCCCUGGAUGCGUCGUUCAGAGCUGUCCUGGAGAUGUGGCUGAGCUACCUGCAGCCCUGGAGGUAUGCACCUGAGAAGCAGGCUCAGACCAGUGACUGCCAGCCCCGCUGUGUGUCGGAGAGAUGGGCGCCCUUUGUGCAGGAGAACCUGCUCAUGUACACCAAGCUCUUUGUGGGCUUCCUGAGCCGCGCACUCCGCACCGACCUGGUCAGCCCCAAGAACGCACUCAUGGUGUUCCGAGUGGCCAAAGUCUUUGCCCAGCCCAACCUGGCUGAAAUGAUCCAGAAAGGGGAGCAGCUCUUCCUGGAGCCCGAACUCGUCAUCCCGCACCGCCAGCACCGACUCUUCACGGCUCCCCCCUUCACCGGCAGCUUCCUGUCCUCGUGGCCGCCGGCCGUCACCGACACCUCCUUCAAGGUGAAGAGCCACGUCUACAGCCUGGAGGGCCAGGACUGCAAGUACACCCCGAUGUUUGGGCCCGAGGUCCGGACGCUGGUCUUGCGCCUGGCUCAGCUCAUCACGCAGGCCAAGCAGACCGCCAAGUCCAUCUCCGACCAGUGCGGGGAGAGCACGCCGGGCCGCCCCUUCCUGUCGUGGCUGGGCUUCUGCUCCACAGACGCCAACGGCUGCUACCCAGCCAACGACCUGGACGAGAUGGGGCAGGACAGUGUCCGCAAGACAGACGAGUACCUAGAGAAGGCCCUGGAGUACCUGUGCCAGGUGUUCCGACUCAGCGAGGCCCAGCUCGCGCAGCUCACGCUCGCCUUGGGGACAACGCGGGACGAGAACGGGAAGAAGCAGCUCCCGGACUGCAUCGUGGGAGAGGACGGGCUCAUCCUCACGCCCCUGGGCCGGUACCAGAUCAUCAAUGGGCUGCGGAGGUUUGACAUCGAGUACCAGGGGGACUUGGAGCUGCAGCCCAUCCGGAGCUACGAGAUCGCCAGCCUGGUCCGCAUGCUCUUCCAGCUGUCGUCCGCCAUCAACCACAGGUUUGCAGGCCGGAUGGCAGCCCUGUGUUCCCGGGCCGACUUCCUCGGCAGCUUUUGCCGCUACCACCUCAUGGAGCCUGGGCUGACGGGCAGGCACCUGCUGAGCCCCGUGGCACGGGGGUCCACAGUCAGCCGUGCCCGGGGCCCGAGGCUCAGCCUGCGCUUCCUGGGCAGCUACCGGACGCUGCUCUCGCUGCUUCUGGCCUUCUUCGUGGCCUCCCUGUUCUGUAUCGGGCCCCUGGCCUGCGCCCUGCUCCUCGUGCUGGGCUAUCUCCUCUACGCUGUGGCCAUGACGCUGCUGACUGAGCGGAGCAAGCUGCACCAGCUCUGACCUCGGCCCGGCGCUGCCCUGGCCCAGCCAGCGAGAGGGGCCACAUGGCCCCCCUCUUGAGCCUGCGGCUACCUCUGAGCGACGGUGCAUUUUCCUGCAGCCACGGAGGCGUGUGUAAGAGAAGCUAAAACAGGAGGCGUGUGGUCCAGGCUUGGCAAGGAAGAGCAUGGCAUCAACGGGCCUGUUAGUCUCACAGGGCAGCCCUGGACCCGGCCGCUUGCUCCUCUCUGCUUCCCUCGGCCCCAGGCUCUGCAGUGACAUGGCUCUUGGGGCCUUUCUCUUCUCUGACCGUCCUGGGUCGAGCUGUGUGAAGCUUGGGAGGCCGUGCUCCCCGGGUGGGGCCUCGCCGUCCGUCAGGUUGGCAGGGUGGUGCGAGUCUCCUCUCCCUGGCGACAGCAGGACAGUAGCUCGGCCUCUGGUUCCAGAGAAGAAUCCAAAACCCUGGAGGUUCCUGAGAAAGUUAGAGGGUGGGUGGUUCUCUGAUUCCUAACCUCCCAUCACAUUUGGCAAAUGAAGGUCAUUCUCCACGCGGUCCCGGCAAUUCCGAGGCUGGGCCAUACAAUUCCACUCUGUUGGAGAAAAGAUCCUCCAGGAGCACAGAUGCUCAGUGGGACGGUGCUUCACCUCUGGCUCCCUCCUCGUCCCCAAGCCAUUAAGCAUGUCGCUUUGUGGUGGCCCAGCCUCACUGCCUCGUCAGGACAGGCACUCAUACUCCAUGGGUGGAGGGGACGCGGCAGGAGUCGGGCAUCGUCUGGGCUGCAACCAAAGAUGGUCACAGGCAUUGUUUGUAUCUUCAGUAAAAUCAGGUGCAAAGGCCCUAACUUUCUGAUGACAUUUAAAUGUUCAGUUACACAUUCACGGUCAGAAGUCCUUCCCACCGGGUCUCAGGCACUUUCGUUCAUCAUCCAGGUGACGCACCAGGGAAAACAUCUCAACAGCGAUUUUAAACCAAGCCUUUGUUUCUGUUUUUAAGUUUUCAAAUUGUACAUGUCGAGUUUUAUAUUUCCAUGUAAACUCAGAAUAAUGGCCUUCUGGGGCCUGUGACCAAGUUUGUAACCAACCACGGAUCUGAAUAAAACCUGUUUUGGCUCCUGA